AUGGAGCUCCGUCCACUCCGUGUGAUGAUCUUGCUUAUUUCACUGAUCCGAGGUGAACAAACUCAAGCAGUUAAACCAGUUCUGUCUGUGCAGCCGAGUUCACCCCAAAUAUUCAGAGGAGAGAACGUUACACUCACAUGUACAAUUGUAGGACCACUGCACUACUGGUACAGAGAUGAUGUUCACUUUCACACCUCUUUUUCUCAUGUCUACACUAUAAAAAUUGAUCAGAGUCACAAAUAUAGAUGUUCUGGGCUUAAUGGUAAAAUGAAAAGGACACCAUGGAGUGAUGCAGUGACUCUCUCAGUGAUGGAGAGACCAAAAGCUGUUGUCACUCUGAAGUCUGAUGGACAGAUAUUCAGUGGCGAGAAAGUGACUUUCACAUGUGAAAUACAAGAACAUACAGACACUGAGUGGACGUACAACUGGUAUAAAGAUGAUGUCCCGAUUCUGUCUUACAGUGAAAAUGGGAAAUAUGCAUUUACUGCUUUAGAGUCUGACAGCAGUAAAUACAAUUGCAGCGGUCAGAGAAAAAGCGACUCUCAGACCUCAAAGACCAGCAACGCUGUUACACUCACUGUGUCAGAAAAACCUGAACCUGAACUCACAUCAGACCUUAAAGGAGCUGCACUGACAGGAAACUCAGUGACUCUGUACUGUACACUGAAGCUGCAGUCUGCUGGAUGGAAGUUUUACUGGAGCAAAGACACACAGAGACGUGAAACUGAGACUGAAACACACUUCUACACCAUCAGAUCAGUUAGUGUCUCUGAUGGAGGUCAGUACAGGUGCAGAGCUGGAAGAGGAAACCCAGUCUACUAACACUACAGUGAUGCACUCUGGGUAAAUGUUACUGAGAAUCUUAAGCCCGUGGUGAUCAUAAAGCCUGAUAAUCAUGUGUUCAGAGGAGAGACUGUGACUUUCAGAUGUGAAAUACAGAUAGGAGGAGACACUGAGUGGCAGUACAACUGGUAUAAGAAUAAUAACCCAUUAUACCACAAUACACAGGAGUUCAGCCUCAACUCAGUUAUACAUGAAGACAGCGGUAACUACACCUGUAGGGGAUUGAGAAGCAGUGACACUCAGAUAUCAGAGAUCAAUGAUGCUGUUGUACUGACUGUAUCAGAAACAGCAGAGGCAGUAGUCAGUGCAUCUCCACAGAGUUGGCUGACUGAAGGAGACUCAGUUACUCUAAACUGUGAGAUUAAAUCCUCCUCUACAGGCUGGACAUUCAGCUGGUACACAGAUGUUCUAUACAGAGACAGUCAGGGUUCCUACAGGCACAGACCAGAGCUUCUCUCAGACAGCAGCAGAGGAUCUGGAGGCUCCUACACUCUCAGUUCUGUUACUCUGAACCACACAGGAGUUUAUAUGUGCAGAGCAGUGAGAGGAGAACAAGACUAUUACUCACAGUACAGCAAACAACAGCCACUGUGGAUCACUGGUGAAUCUCCUCCAGUGUCUCUGAUCAUCAAUCCCAGCAGAACUCAACACUUUAUUGCUGACUCUCUCUCACUGAGCUGUAAAAACCAGAGCGACUCUACUGGAUGGACAGUGAGAGGAUACACACAAAAUGAGACAUGGUUUGAUUGUUCGCCAGUUUCAGGAUCUACAUGUAACAUCAGCUCCCUCUCUCCAUCACACACUGGAGUUUACUGGUGUCAGUCUGAAUCUGGAGAAUGGAGUAAUCCUGUCAACAUCACAGUGCACAAUGGUGAUGUGAUCCUGGACAGUCCUGUGCAUCCUGUAACUGAGGAACUUCCUCUGACUUUACGCUGUUUAUAUCACAAUACACAGAUCUCAGACUCUGGUAUUGAUUUCUAUAAAGAUGAUUCAGUUCUCCAGAAUCAGACUACAGGAGAGAUGAUCAUCAGUAGUGUGUCAAAGUCAGAUGAAGGUUUCUACCAGUGUAAACACCCAGAGAGAGGAGAGUCACCGAAAAGCUGGAUUUCAGUCAGAGAUCGCUCACAUGCAAAAGCUCCAGGGUCAGUGUUCAGACUGAUCAGCAGUCUAGUGACCGUCUCUGUGUAUCUGCUGCUGUCUGUCAUUGUGGCAGUAAAAUGUUACAGAGCUCAAGUUCAAACUGACGAAGGCAACAUCCACAGCUAAAUACAUUUAAAGAAACUCCAUCUAUAUGAAACAGGAUGUUUCUGCUGUACUAUAUAAUGCUGUAUAUACUUUUUUUGUGGUUGGAGAAAUAAUAUUGUUUAGUUAAUAUAUUACGUAUUUUCUAAAAAACCUUGUUUUUCUGAAGUUAAUGGACCUCCUCAUGUGUAACAGUGGGAAUAAUGCACUUUGUGAACUCAGUAUUAAGGCUUUCUUUACAAAUGCUAGACUCCAUGCAUUUUGUUGCAAUUAACAAUAGAAAAACAGUACAAAACUAUUACUUUCAGGACUCCUUUUUUUAUCUUCACUAAAAAUAGUUUGUAAUGACAUUGGCUGUAUUGGAGGAGUGACAUCGGGGAAGUUCAUUAAUAAAUACACUCUUCAGGACUUUGGCAAACAACUAAUAAUUUGUUUUAGACAAAUGUUUCAGAUUUUGACUUCUCAGUCCAGAGCACCUGCUAACAUUUUUCUGCACUACAGUUCCUAUGUUUUUGUGCAUAGUUGAGUAGCUUAGGCUUCUUGACGGAGCUACAGUAUGGCUUUUUGAACAUAAUUAUUUAAUGAAGACAUCUUCUGGCCAAACCUCUCCAGACAGUACAUGGUUGUACUUGUUUCCCACUGGUUUCCAUCAGUUCUUUGCUGAUGGCAUUGUACGUAAGUAGGCAGUAUGUGUCAUCUACUGCAUUAAGUUUCUUUGGCCAAUCACUGCAUCUAAGGUCCUCAACAUCUGUUUAUUUGUGCUUUAUCAAAAUAGUCUGAACAGCACAUCUUUAAAUCUUUUGUCUGCUUUGAAAUCUGGUGCAAUAUAUCUUGUUGCUGUGCUCAGUCUUUCCAUGGUGUAUGAUCUGUGACAUGAAUAUGUUAUUCACAACCUCACCCUAGUAGUGGAGUUUGGUUGUUCCCGUUUUAAGCCUCCUACACAGCUGUUUCUAUUUCAUUUAAUUAUAUUUGAAUCUAUAUUGUAAUGUAGACUCAGACGCAGGUGCAGUAGAAUCAUAAAGACAGUCUAAAAUAUAAAUGAUGAACAGGUAGUUCAGUCCAUGAGGCAAACAGGUCCAAGGAACCCAAAUAAAGGUGGAUACACAAUAAAUCACUGAACAGCAAAGACAAAACAAUGGCUUGGUAUGCAAUGGAGAAUUACAAUACUUCGCACAGAUAUUAGCAUUACAAUGACUUAAGAAUACUAUAAACAUGAAGUGUCCUUUGAACUUUAUGUGCUCAAGAACCAAUACAGGAUCCCCCACCUUUUAUGUUUGAAAGCAUCUCUUACAAUAUUUUUCACAUCUGCCUAAAACUUGCACUGUAAUAAACAUAAAUUGAUUUUUGUUCUUAUUUACUUAAUGUUGGCUUUUAAACCUGCUUAGUAUUUAAUAAAGGCAAAUCCCUAUUCUACCCAAGGGGAGGUGGCAGUUCAUUAGUUAAGCAUUGAAUGUUGCAUUGAAUGGCCUUGAGUUUAAAUACCAGUGCCUCCAUGCUACCACUGCUGGGCCCAUAAGCAAGGCCUUUAAUCCUCAACUACUCAGUUGUAUAUUGCUCUGGAUAAUAGACUCGGCAAAAUUUAUUUUUAUUGGUAUUUUAUAAUUAAAUACUUUCACUGUUUGUGUGUGUGUUUGUGUGUAGUGCAGCUUCUUGAUGGUCUUCAUCAAGCCAUGAAU